AUGACCUCCAUCAUCAACGGAGCUCCCCCCGCACCCAAGCAGAUUCGCUUCGUCCACAACCAAGGCCAGCCCCCUUCCAAGAGACGAAGGAUCAACGCCGCAUGCUUGACCUGUCGCAAGCGAAAGACGAGAUGCGCCGGCGAGCGUCCCGUCUGCUCGACCUGCACCAAGAACGGCCAUACCUGCUUGGGCUACAAUGAGGUGAUCGAAAAGAAGACGGCCGGUGGCGCCACUGUCAUCAAGGACCUCAACGACGAUGACGAAGACGAAGAAGAAGAAGAAGACCAAGCCCGCGAAGAGGAUGACCACCGCGAUGAGAAGCGCCGUUUCAAGACACCGGAUACCGCCCGCCGCCUGUCCGCGACGCACAAGUCCGGAGGCGAUGUCACGUCCCGGACGAGUUCUGAAGCAACCGCCGCACAUUCUCCGACCUUCGUGCGACGGCCGUCGGAGCACGGCAUCAGAGAUCACGAGAACCGCCGCCCCCCUCCUCCUCGAACCACUUCCUACUCCGACGAUGCCCGAAGCGUCCACAGUCGAUCGCCCACGUUACACCAUACCGAGCGCCAUCGCGUGCCAUACUUCCGUUACUUCGGUCCCACGGCCAUUGUGCCUGGCUACAAGCAGAUGGUUGUGUCUGUCCGGGACCGAAGGCGGAGUACAGGGGGCUCAAACUCGGCGACAUCUCCCAGCUCUGGAUCGAGUGUUAUCCAGUCCCUCGGAAUGGCCAUGUCCGGUAUGCCGCAGCACGACGAAGAAGUCGCCACCGACGAGGAAUUGCCGGUAUACGACCCAAACGACGUUGCGCCAGUUCACCCCCUGAUUCUACAGCUGGUCAAGACCUUUUUCCUGCACUUGGGCUGCAAUUACCCCUUUUUGAAGGAACUCAGGUUCACUCAAAUGGUCAAGGAAAAGCGCGUCGAACCAAUUCUUGUCGACGCCGUUUGUGCCUUGGCUGCCCGCUUCUCGGAUUCGCCGCAGUUCGCCCAGAGCAAGGAUGAUGAAUCGUCUCGUGCCGACUUGGGCCAGUACUAUGCGCAUAGGGCCAAAGCUGCGACCGUCGAGACCUUCCCCUGCCCUUCUGUCGGCGCCGUUCAGGCAAUGCUGAUGAUGGCGUACGAGGGUUUCGGUGCCGACCAAGACAGUGCCCUGUGGAUGUACCUUGGCCUGGCCAUUCGUAUGGCUCUCGAUCUUGGCUUGCAGAAGAGAGUUGGUGUGCAAUAUCAGGGCGAGAAAGACCCCUGGUAUACCCGCCAAUGGGGCAGUGAUGCUGGAGAGGACGACGAGGUCCCAAACAACGACGACAGCCUCUCUCACGAGGAGCAGGUCCAAGUCGAACAGGAACGCACAGACACGUUCUGGGCUGUCUUCAUUCUUGACCGAGUGAUCUCCUCUGGAACUGGACGACCCGUGACCUUUCGUGACGAUGACUUUGAGUUAGCCCUACCCGAGCCAACCCUCGAUCCCACUUCCGGCUGGCCCGCACCUUUGCCUAUUUUCAUUCAGAUCAUUCACUUGUACGGUCGCGUGUCUGACGUCCUCAACAACAUUCGCAACGCCAAAGACCUGACCCAGGAGAAGUGGACCAAGCUGGCACGCAUGGAGCACGAAUUAACGAGACUCUACCAGAAGCAAGACUCCCGACUACACUUUAGCGUGUCAAACUUCAAGACGUAUUUGAAGGCGGGGCAGGGCACAAACUUCAUUCUGCUACACUUUUGGUUCCAUGCGCUCAUCAUCAUCCUACACCAGCCUACGCUGUUGACGCCCUUCGGCUCUCUUGACCCCGGCCAUCAGCUGCUACCCAACAGCCGCGAGCUAUCCAUGUCCAGCGCCAAAACAAUAGCCGACAUACUCGCGUUUGCAGAGCUCACUGACCCGAAGAGCUUCAUCGGGAAUCCCUUCACGUCCCAGCCUAUGUACAUCGCCGCCUGUGCUUUCCUCAUGGAGUCCAUCGCCAAUGCGUCUAAUCCUACCUCUCGGGAGGCAUCUCCGCCGCACGACACCAAGGUGGAAGGUCACAGGCACAAGACGGAACACAAAUCCACGACCAAGCACUCACUCCUUGCCUCUGCGGCUAAUCAGAAUUACUCCCGUUGCUACAAAUCACUACAGCAACUGCACAAAUACUGGGGCGGGAUCAAGUACAUCCUGACUGCGCUCGACCAGAAGUCCAAGGGCAUUUGGGACUGCGAGACCUAUACCAAUGAGGAGUACGAAAGCACAAAGAUCACGCGUCGCGGUUCCAUCGGUGCCCGCUUCCCGGCCUCGCCCAACAUGCCGCCUAUCGCGUGGUCUUUGACAGGCAAUACGAACUCUCCCCCCAGCCUUACACUCAUGUAUCAGAACAUGGCGGCCGGCCAUCAUGGGUUCGCACAACCGCAGACGAGCAUGCCGAAUUCUGCUCCUACGCCGCCGGGGAUGAUGAUUUACGACCCCAUCCGCCAGAGCCUACCCGAGCCUCCGCCGCAUUCCAUAUUCGCCGUGGCAUAUCCCCAGGCAACGACGUCCGCAAUGCGGCAGACCUCCCGGCCGAAUCGACCCCACCGGCUAUCCUCCUCGUCAAUAGGGAGCCCGACUCAACACAAACCCCACCUACGUUUUGACGGUCUCUCGGACAUGCCGUCUUCGCCGGUCAACGCCGGCAUGCUUGGGACGAAUCAAGCACAGCAGUCGGCGUCAUACACGCCAGCCUCACACAACUCGUCGAGUUACGAGCAGAACAUGAUGCACUCCGCGUCACCGCGCGGCACGCAGCAGGACGGGACGCCGGCUCAGCAGCAUCAUCACCAGCACCUCUCGCCGCAAAUCAUGUUCGACCCCAACUUCGCCAACGGCACGUACUCGUACCUCGGACAGGGCAUGGGCCCCAUCACGGACGUCAUCACGUUCGACAACCCGGUGGACAUUGGCUCCCUGGGCCUGCCGAACGAGAUGAUGCCGCCGUGGUUGGAGUACCUGCCCGGCGAUGUCCUGAGCUUGUUUGAGAAUAAUGGGAUGGAUCCGGGAAGUUGA